UUUACGGCUAACGGUUAAUAUUUUAGCUUUUUUACGGUUAACAGAAAUCCUACAAAUCAACUACCAUUGUUAUAAAAAUUAAAAAAGAUUCCAUUGUUUAAAAAAGUUAAAAAGUUAUUUUGAUAACUAUAAAACACAUUUAAGGUCUUUUGACCAUUCCGGGAUGGAAAAGGUAUUAUCAUAAGAAUUAUAGACAGUACACAAAAAAAGUACACAAAAAAAGUCUUGACAAGAGAUUUGAGACCUCGCUUUCAAGGCUAAAUUAUUUUUGCGGUUAAUAUUUUUUACGGCUAACGAUUAAAAUUUUCCAAUUUUUACGCCUCACGUCUAAAUGUUUUGCUUGUUUAACGUUGAAGACCCUCAUUUUAUAUUUCUUCUACUUUUUUUGCACGUACAUGAAGUGCGCCAUUUUGUGUCAAACUCUGUUGUUUGAGUUGUGCUAAUGUAUCGCCGCUAAGUAAUAACAAACACCUGUCUUAUCCGUCAACAGUAUCUUUAAUCAUCUUUUUUGUGUUCAGUCAAUUCCAUUUUUUGGAGAAAUUGAGAUAAUUCUCUGUGUAGGACGCUGUCGUUACACUUUUACACAUUUCCAGGAGCCAAACAGUUAUCUUGCGGACAGGCUGGCAAUGAAUGACAUCGUACUUUUAUUUUUGUUUAUGCUACUGUUUGGGAACAUUCGAUCUGAGAGCAUGAGUUCCUUCUUUUCCGUUUAUGAAAAUCGAGCCCUGAACACAAGAAUUACCUUUAAGAGGAGCACAAAUGUGAAAGAUGUCAUGUCGUGUGCACGGGCGUGUGGCGUUGAAUCGAACUGUAACACGGCAAACUAUAAGUCUAGAGAGAACAAAUGUGAGCUUUUUAAAGAGCAAAUAUCGCCUGAAGCGGCCAUGACGACCGCAAGAGGAUACCAUUUGAUUACAAAGGUUGCCGGCGAAAUGAUUAGAUUUCCACAAGAGGAAAAGGACCCAACACCUCCAAACCGUUUGGUCAAAUGGCUUCAUUACACGCCUCAAUGGUGUACAGGUGCAGGACGAGUCAAGAUUGGCAAAGGGAAAACAGCAGAUGAAUGUAAAGAGAUGUGUAAAGAGGGAUGUCUUGGAGUCGAAUGGUGGGAAAAGUAUAAUAGUUUCUGUUAUAAGUGUACAGAUCCAUCAAAAAAGACAAUGUAUCUCAACACUAAUGAUCUGGCUUAUCCACCUCAUGUGUUUCUCAAGAGUAAUAGCUAACUGAAUCACUAG